GCGGCAUUUUCAAAACAAAUGUACGAUUGUAAUGUUUCCAAGUAUAUGAACUUUAUAGUAGUCCUGUAAACAAAUAUGCCAGAAAAGCGCCACAUGAUAUUAUGUACUGUGACAGAUGUCAGAGAUGGACAAGUUGUCUACCCUUGUUGCUCACAAUGCUGUUCUAAACUUAGAUCUGAUUGCUUUCAAGAUAGAUGGCAGUGCUUAAAAUGUGGUUGUAGCUCUACCACAGAAGAUUUAGAUUGGAGAUAUAGAUUGUCACUAAAGGUAACUGAUGGUCAUACACUGGCUAAUAUUUGUUUGUUUGGUAGUGUGUUGCAGCCUUAUUUUGGGAUGUCUACCAAUCAGUUUGUUAGGUUUUUAAGAAAGAUAGAAAGUAUGUAUGGUAACUCAGAAGAUAUUCUACUUCUAGGACUUAAACAUUGUUUUAUUGGACAGCAUUAUUACUUUGGUGUGAAAGCUUCUAGUGCAGUUGGUGGGAAGGAAAGAAUAUGUCUAGAAGAUUUGAUAACGCCAAAACGUACUGCAUGUCAGAAUGCCAUGUUUUCCCAGGAAGAUAGCUCAAAUAUGGUGGCUUUCCAAAUGGUUCCUGCAAUCAACAGAGAAACAAAGACAGUUUAUGAGAUUAUAAGGAAUUUCUUUAAAGAUGGUAGCGAGGAAACAGUAGGCAAGGAACAUGUAUCAGAUAAAUCUAAAUCUGGUACCUCAUAUAUGCAGCAUUCAAAUAUGGGAACAGAUUCCUCACAACAAUCAAGGUCAAAUGAGCAAAGUUCUAUAACUCUAGGUCAAACAACUGCUUUGUUGAGUUGUGAAAUGUCCGAUAUAGAGAAGUCUUCUUUUCAAUCAGAAUCUAAGAAUAGAAAUGGUAAAAGCUUUAGAAGAUCUCAAACCAGUUUAAAUUCCUCAACAAAAUUACAGGUUUCUAAAUCAGAAUGCACUGAAAGAAGUUCAUCUAAAAAUGUUUUUACUGUUGAAAAUUUGUCUGAAGAAGUUUGUCUAUCCAAGGGAGAUAAUAAGCAAAACAUUUUGAAUUUUUCUGACAAAGAAUUGAAAUUGAGUAGGAACUUAGACACUGAAUUAGAAACAGAUUCUGAACCAUUGUUCUCACAAGAUGAUGGAGAAACUCAGGAUAUGAUAGAACAGGAAAUUCUAUGUACAAAUUCAGAACCGCUUUUCUCUCAAGAUGAAAGUUCUGCCUACCAAAGCCCUGUUCAGGUUGACUCCGGAAACAACAGGUGUGAAAUCAAAAUCAACCUUGAAACAGUCAAUUUGAGUUCAGAAAUGGAUGAUAUACUUUGUACAAACUCAGAGCCCCUUUUCUCACAGGUUGAUAGUUCUUUCAGUCAUAUUCCACUAAUAGGACAAGCUAAUAUCAAAGUCUGUCAUGAUGCAGGUUAUACUAGUGCUGUAUCUACAUGCACAAAUUUUAACCCAGAAAAGAAGUCCAAUCUAAAAUCAAAACCUCCUAAUGCAAACAUGUCUGUUAGCCUAGAAGGAUCAAUCUUACUGCAGAAUCUAAAAGUACCAGAUUUACCAGACGAUGUACCAGAGUCUGAAGAAUUAGAGCUGUAUUUAUUUGAUGAUUCAAGUUUUGAAUUUGAGAACCAAACUGAUGUUGUUUCUACACCAAUGCCAAAUAAAGCUGUCAAACAUUCUGUUCAUCUUACAAAAGGAAAACCUAGGGCCAUUUUUGAUGUACCAGUUCAGGAAUCUAAAACAGAACUUAACUUACAAGCUGAAGCAAAUUCAAAUUUAUACUUGGAUAAUUCGACUCGUAUGAUAAAAAAGGAAACCCUUAACACUAAUCCAGAAACAAAGUCAAGAGCAGUAUUUAAACCUGAAACAGAGGAAGAAAUAUUUGACAAUAUGUUUGAAGAUUCAUUUGAACAGCUGAUUAACAAGCCUUGUGAAAGUAAAAACAAAAAGAUGCAACCCUCAGUCAGUGAAAGCAGUAACAUUAAAACAAAUGAAAUUGUUCUUCAAAGGUUAGUUUUAGGGCAAAAUAAAUCUGAAAUUGACAAUCAGAAAUCCAUUCCAAUCAAUAAACAUCAUAAUCAAGAAAAGAUUCCAAAUGAAUUCAAUAAGUUUUGUAAUGAUGAUCAUGAUGAAGAUGUUGUUAUUUCUUGUGCCCCAGAAUUGAAUGAUAUUGAUAUUGAAGAUCUUAGUCACGAAUUUGACAAAAAUCUGCAAGCAAAUGUAAAAACUAACAUUUCCUUGAAUAAAUGGGAUAAAAUCAAUAAACAUGAUAAAAUUCCAGCGAUAUCAAUCGAAAUAAAGGAAACUCAUAAUGAUAAAGAAUUCAGAGAAAACUUGGUUGAUUCAGGAACAAAAAAUGAAUGUUUACAAAGAGAUGCAGAAAAAAGUUUGGAAUUCAUUUGUGAAAGUCAGCACAAUCUGGAUCCGCAACACCUUGAUUAUAAGGACAGUAUAAAUAACCAAUUUCAGUGUGGGCACAGUUUUGUUUCAGAAUCACUUUACUUAAAUGCAUCGGAAGAUUUGUUUGGCGAAACUUCUGCUGUUUCCAAAAGUUUAACAAGAUAUCUUGUUGAAAAUGUUAAUCAGGACAAUAAAUUUGAAGAACAGGAAAAUAGAAGACCUGAAAGACAAGAUUCUUCAAAGAAAUCGGUAAAGUUUUCCCGUCGGCUGAGCUAUCAAACUUCUGUUCAGUUGAUUGACCUCCAAAUGAAAAUUAAUUCUAAUCCUGCAGUGUAUAAUGGUGAAUCAAGAAAAUCAUGUUUAAAAACAGGGUUGGAAAAAAUUCCAGAAAACAAGAUAACAGCAAACCAAACCAUGAAUUAUAAUAUUAUUACUGCAGCAGAAAAUUCACCGAUUGUAAAUUAUACCAGUAGUCAUGUUGACUUAUCGCAAGAUUUAUUUUCACCAAGUCCAGAUAUAUGUUUCAAAAGACCAAAGCCCCUGCAAAUGAUCAAUAAACUACCAAAGGUCUGUAAUCAUCUUGGAGGUCAAAAGGAUUUAGUGCAAUCAAGCCGACAUUCAUCUACACCGAUAGAAUCAGAAACAGAUGAGGCUGACAACAAAUUGUAUAACAAUAAAUCUUUAAUUUCAAUUUUCUCUGAAACUUUUGAGGAGGGCUUGGAUGGAUGUAAAGAAAACAUAUCUCCAUCAGAAAAGACUGAAAACUUUGCAAAGUAUGACAAUUGUGUAACGUCACCAGCUUUAUUUUCUCAGAGUAAUUCUUUGUUUUCAUUUUCAAGUUCAAAAUUAUCUGAAAGGGGAGACAAUAUUUCUAAAUCAAGUUUUAUAAGGGGGAAUAACUCUACUAAUUUACAUUCUGUUAACUACUCAUGUGACCUGUUUAGUCCAUCCAUAUAUAACAGUAGACAUUCACCUUAUGGAAAUUUACCAGUUAAAAAACUGUUCCUUGAUAAGAUGUGAUAUAUUUUACAUAUUUGUUUGUGAUAUUUGUAAUUGUGAUAGAAUUUUAAAGAAUUAUAAUUUGUUUUAUCUGUA